CACUAUCACUCUCUCUUCUUUCUCUCUCUCUCUUGCUCUCCUCUCUUUCUCUCUCGUUGCUCCGCCGUCGGAUGCGAGCCCUCCGACGAUCCCCCGCGGCCGGGACGUUGUCGGAGCGCGGGGAGCUGCGGCGGCGCGAGGCUUAACGAGCUGCUGCUUGUUUGAAGUGUUGCAUUUGUUCUUCUAGCCUGUCUUUAUGGUCGGGAAGGAGAAUAAAAUGAUUGGUGGUUAUGGAGCCCCUACAGUUCGAAUCACUCGAUCUCGGGCUGCUGCCUGUCAAGCAAAUGGUGGGGUGCUUCAUCUGAAUCCACCUCUUGCAAAACCAGAAAUGAAGAGGACACAGCGGGAGAAUUCAAAGAGAACACUCAUGGAAGAGAACAGCCAUGCUGCUUGUUUGACUGCCAAUUGUCAACCAAAAAAGCGGGCUGCCCUUAAGGAUGUUCAAAACAUUCGCCAUAACAAUUUACCAAAGGAUUGCAUUGAUGCUCCAAAAAUGCAGCCGAGGGUUUUACAGCGGGUGAAGUUGGGCUCUGCUAAAGCUAAAUCUUGCUUAGUUGUGAAGAACUCCAAGCUAUGUUUGAUUGACAAAGAUACAAAUAAUAAGAUGGCUGACAGACAACAGGAGGCUGAGUUGAUGGGGUCUAAGGAAAACAAUGAUUUAGUGAAGUUGGAAGAGAAAAGUUUGGCAGCUGAAAAUGUUGACAGUAUCAAGGACGUAGAGAGCACAUGUGGCCCGGCUUUAUUUGAUGAGCAUAGUUGUGGGGCUGGACCUCAAUUUUUGGGACGCUUAAAGGAUGUUGAAAGUAAACUUUAUGCGGACUGUGUUGGACUACCAUGCUCAGACAUUAUGGACAUAGAUUGUGAUCAUGCAAAUCCUCAAAUGUGCAGCCUUUAUGCCCCUGAUAUAUAUGCUAAUCUACACACUGCUGAGCUUAUUCGAAGACCUUGUUCUGAUUUCAUGGAAAGAUUGCAGCGAGAUAUUACUCAUGGCAUGAGGGGCAUCCUUAUUGAUUGGCUAGUUGAGGUUUCUGACGAAUAUAGGCUUGUUCCAGAUACCCUCUAUCUAACUGUAUAUCUCAUUGACCGAUUUCUCUCUAAACACUAUAUUGAAAGACAAAGGUUGCAACUGCUUGGCAUUACCUGCAUGUUAAUAGCCUCGAAGUAUGAAGAAAUAUGUGCUCCUCGAGUGGAAGAAUUUUGCUUCAUUACAGACAACACUUAUACAAAGGGCGAGGUACUGAAAAUGGAGAGUGAGGUACUCAAUUAUCAGGGUUUUCACUUGUCUGUACCUACAAUAAAAACAUUUCUUAGGAGAUUUCUGCGAGCAGCACAGACUUCCUCUGAGGUUCCUACACCCGCCUUGGGGUUCUUGGCUAAUUACCUAGCAGAAUUGACGCUGGUUGAUUAUGACUUCCUAAAGUACCUUCCUUCAAAGAUUGCUGCGUCAGCUGUAUUCCUUACUCGAUGGACGCUAGAUCAAUCUGAACACCCAUGGAAUCCAACACUUGAACACUACACAUCAUACAAGGCUUCAGAUCUAACACCGGUAGUUCUAGCAAUGCAAGAUUUGCAGACAAACUUGAGAAAUUGUCCCCUAAAUUCAGUACGUGAAAAGUAUAAGCAGCAGAAGUUUGAGAAUGUGGCUACUUUGACCUCUCCAAAGCUGCCUCACUCACUCUUCUGCUGAAUGACUAUGUUGCUCCCCCAUUGAAGAGGAAGCUAUUAACAGAGGUUUCAGGCUAACAUUGUGGUAACCCUCAUUUUUCAAGGUUUCAGCAAAUUCUGUUUGCGGAUCUUCUCAGUGUAUUUGUUUUUCUCCUCUCCUCAGUUAUGGUAGCUGUAUCCUUAGUUGUUUUUUAUAUUGUCUGAAAAUUGUGCUCUGGUUGUUAAUUCCUGUCAUGCCUGUAAAGUUAAAAAAAGGAAAAAAAAAAAUUUAACAGAUACAUUGUUACAGCUUGAAAUUACAUGCCAAAUGGCUAACUUACUUCAAGCUUUCUUGUCAUGAUUGUUCGGUUUUGGCUUGUAACAAACUUGUGCUAUAUUUGGCAUAUUUAAUACAGAAUGAAUCAUAUGAUUUGCUUCA